AAAAACCAUGGCGCUAACGAUGUUCAUUCCUAUCUUUAUAUCCCUUUUUUUUGCAAAGCGUGAGAGGGGAUGUAGAACUUUUAAGAGGCCAGGAGUUGAUGCGUUUCUGGAACAUAUGUCAAAAUUAUAUGAAGUUGUUGUGUAUUCUGAUCAGCCACCUAUGUAUGUUGAACCUGUGUUUGAGAGGCUGAACUCAAGGGGUACCAUUUCACACAGGUUAUCAAGACCUGCAACUAAGUACGUGGAUGGAAAACAUUACCGGGAUUUGUCAAAGUUGAACAGAAACCCUGCUCAAGUGAUCUAUCUCAGCGCCCAUGCUCUUGAAUCUUGCCUGCAGCAUGAAAAUUGUGUUGAAAUCAAACCUUUUAAACUUGAAGAUAAAAAUGAUACCCAACUGCUGGAUCUCAUUCCAUUUCUCGAGUAUGUUGCCAUGGCUAGACCUUCUGACAUUAGGACAGUGCUGGCAUCCUAUCAAGGUCAUGAUGUUGCUGCUAAGUUUAUUGAGCGUUCAAAGGAACACCAGCGGCGUGUGCAGGAACAGAGCAAACUUGGGCGCUUAUGGCGACGGUGAUGGAUCCUGUAAG